CAGCUUUGGCAGAGGGAGGCUGGUAGAAAGCUCAUGUCACGAUAGCUGUAUUUUCUCUGGGAAGCAGGAGCACAUGGUAGAGUGAGUGUUGGGGAGAGGGUAUGUGGAGAGACAGACGCAUGCAGGAAUUUGAAAAACAUUUUAGUCACUGCUCUGUGGAAUGGGGAGGUGGCUAUCUCAAACAGUGGUUCUCACCACUAGAGCACAGAUUCUCCUAGGGGGCUUGUUAAAACACAGAUUGCUGUACCCCACCCCCAGAAGUUUCUGAUCUAGUAGGUCUGGGGUAGGGCCCCAAGAAUGUGCAUUUCUGACAGGUUCACAGCUGGUGCCGAUGCUGCUGAUCCCAGCCCACACGUAGAGAAACACAGAUCUAGAGUAGAGUGAGGAAAGCAGGAAUGCCCAGGAGAAAUGAAUGAUCAGGAGCUUCUCUGCUCUGCCUCCCUGCUGAGAUACAGACACCUGAGGCAGACCAUCAUGCUUAUUCAGGACUGGGAUUAUAUGAAGGGCAGGAAGAGGAAAGAAAUGGGGCAAAGGGAGCUUAGGAAAAUUGAAUAGGAGUAAUUAGUCCUAGCUAAGUAUAGAGGGACCUGAAGUUAGGAGAGAGAGAAAACUGGAGAGGUGCUCCUGAUAACCAAUCACUAAUGUCAAUUGCCAACUGAUUGGAUGUCAUAGUACUGAUUGUUAAUGUGUUUGACAUUUCUCAUAAAGAAUGGACCUUAAACACAGAGGAACAGUUUUCUGGGAAUUAAGUGUGAACACAUAUCUAGUGAUGCACAUUCACUACUGAGCAUUAAGGCUGACUAGGCGUAUGGAUGUGAAAAGGCUCCUUCAAAAUCAUGUCUUCCAUGUUGAUUUUAAUCUCUGGUGUGAGUUUUGAUCUGACCAGAAAGUCAUUCUUGAAUAUUCCUAUUAAUAGGAGAACACAAACAUCUCCUCUGGAGAAAAUGAUCCGUAUUUAAAAUAAGGAACCAAACAGUGGUUAUCUACAAUGGAAACAAAAUAAGCAGGUUUCUUCUUAUUAUUACAUUUCCCCUCGAAGUCUCUGGGACAGCCCGAGUGUUACAGUUGUGUGUGUGGAUGUGGUAAGCAUUAGGUGUGCCCACUGGCCUCAGGUGGAGGGGGUGUGAGCCUCUCAGUGGUUCCCUCUGGGUGUCUCUCCCUCCCACUCCCAUUGGAGCUCCUCACUGAUCUGACGCUUGCUGUGCAGGUGUCUGGUUGAAAAGGGAGACGUGGCCUUUGUGAAGGAGAUCACCGUCUUCCAGAACACUGACGGAAAGAGCCCUGAAGCAUGGGCUAAGGAUCUGAAGCUGGGUGACUUUGAGCUGCUGUGCCUUGAUGGUACCAGGAAGCCUGUGACUGAAGCUUGGAGGUGCAACCUGGCCAUAGUCCCAAAUCAUGCUGUGGUCUCAAGGAAAGAUAAGGCAGCUUUUGUUAGCAGAAUGCUCUUCAAUCAACAGGAGCUCUUUGGAAGAGAUGGGUUUGAAUACAGGAUGUUCCAGAUGUUUCAAUCCUCAACUAAGGACCUGCUCUUCAGCGAUGACACGGCAUGUUUGGCUAACCUUCAGGAUAAAACAAUUUAUCGAAAAUACUUAGGACCAGAGUAUCUUACGGCCAUUGCUAACAUGGGACAAUGCUUACACUCUGAACUUCAAGAUGCCUGUACAUUUCAUGUACAUUAAAAACCGAUCAAAGUGGUUAACCACAGAUGCUCAGUGCCUGCAAAUAUGGUGGGGACACAUCCUCACUUGUCUGCAUGUGGGCCUCUGUUAACCUCAGUUGUUUUAUAUAAUUAUGUGCUGUAACUGAUACAAAAAUUAAAAUGAAUAAAAAUUAUUGUGUCUUCUCAGAAAACUUCA